AACGUGGUAUAAGUACUCAGCUGUUCGAGGCAAGUCGUCGAAAUGGCUGCAUUUCUGCGAUCUCUCAAAUUUCCCCGAUGUGUUGUCCGUUUUUCUGACCGUGAUCUGUAGACCCUCAUCUGAAUACGUUUACGGACAACAGAAGACCACAAUGGCUGAAAGCAUUAUCAAUUCUCGUGGCAUUGUAGAAGAUCAUGAGGGAGAUAAUGAAGAUACUGAUGACUCAAACCUCCAAGUGGAGCUCAAUGUGUUCAGGGCCCAAUGGAUGUCUGAACUGAAGCCCAACUCUGGGUCCAAUGGGGGGAACAGAGGACUGUCGUCAAGAGCUGCAGACUUGAGAAGAAAACAGGAACUGGCCCGGGAGGAAAAAGCCAGAGAGUUGUUCCUAAAAGCUGUUGAGGAAGAAGAAAAUGGAGCUGUUUAUGAAGCAAUUAAGUACUAUCGCAGGGCAAUGCAGAUUGUGCCUGACAUUGAGUUUAAAAUCAACUACAGUCGUUCUCCUGAUCCAGAUGGUGGCAAUGAGAAUGACAUGGAUGGUGAAAUAGAGGAUCUACUGGCCUACUUCCAUCAACAGCUCACAUUGCAAGACAACUCUCUGAAGAUAUGUGUUCCUGAGGUGGAGAUGACUCAGAUGCACAUUUCAGCACUGCCUCCAGAGGUCUUGAUAUACAUAUUCCGUUGGGUUGUGUCUAGUGAUCUGGACCUGCGUGCCCUGGAGCAGCUCUCCCUAGUCUGUAGAGGCUUCUACAUUUGUGCUAGGGACCCAGAAAUUUGGCGUUCGGCCUGUCUAAGAGUGUGGGGCCGGAGCUGUACCAAACUGGUACCCUUCAACUCCUGGAGGGAGAUGUUUCUUGAGAGGCCACGUGUGCGCUUUGAUGGUGUUUACAUCAGCAAAACGGCAUACAUCCGUCAGGGAGAGGAGUCCCUUGAUGGAUUCUACAGGGCUUGGCACCAGGUGGAGUAUUACAGAUAUCUGCGUUUCUUCCCUGAUGGGCAAGUCAUGAUGCUGACCACGCCUGAGGACCCACUGGUCACCGUUCCUCGUCUGCGUAGCAGGAACACCAGGGUGGAGUCCAUUAUGUGUGGUCAUUACCGUCUGUCGCAGGACACAGACAAUCAAACCAAAGUCUUUGUUGUUGUCUCCAAGAGAAAAGAAGAGAAGGUGGCAGAGUACCAGAGAAACUCUCGGUUUUGCCGGCGGAACCCAGCGGCGCCCGAGACGGAGCACAGCUUUCACGUGGGACUGCAGCUGUCGUCUGGCGGGCGCCAGAGCUUCAACAAGCUGAAUUGGAUUCACCAUUCCUGCCACAUCAACUACAGAUCCACCGGAGAAACGGUUGUCACUGCCUUCGACUUGGACCAGAUGUAUGCAUCUUUCUUCUUUGCACGUGUGAAAAGCUACACAGCAUUUUCUGAACGCCCACUGUAGGGAAGCCUAGAGAGAAGAGAUAAACGUCACCACCCAAAAGUUUACACAACACUUAGACUAAAUGCAUAUUUCUCUGCCUGUUGGCUUUGGGCUGAACUAUGAUUUUUAAUGAAUGUAUCAACCUGCAUCUGAUUCUAAACUUAGUGUGUGCCACAUAGCCAUUAUGUCUAUGGCUGUCACAGAAAACAACAAUUAUUCUACUGAUUCUUUUGAAGACUGGGUAGUUGUCCAGUAUGAUGACAUAAAAUGUCAAUAAUAGAUUUUUCACCCAUUUCCAAUAAUGAAUAUUUUGACGUUGUUUUUGUUAAUUCUCUAGUAAUAUAUUUUCUCCCAUAUGGUAAAUUAACUGGAAUAAACAAGUGGGAACUGUG